AUGACACAAUCGAAGUAUGAUGGUUGUUUGUACAUAUGUCGUAAAAAUAAUAAACUGAUGUUGUUAGUAGUCUACGUGGAUGAUAUUUUAUUCAGUUCAUCAGAUGAAAAAUGGACACAAGAAUUUAAAGUUAAAUUAAACAAGUACUUUCAAAUUAAAGAUCUUGGAAAAGCAAAUUAUUGCUUGGGUUUAGAAAUUAAACAAAAUAGUGAAGAAAUAACAAUUGGUCAAACUGAAUACAUAAAUGAUGUUUUAGAAAGAUUUAACAUGGACAAAUGUAAGCCAGUUAAAACACCAAUUGAAAAGAACUUGCAAUUUGAUCACCAUAAAGGUGUUAAUGAACAAAAGUUACAUGAAGGUCACAAAUAUCAAGAGCUGAUAGGAAGCCUCAUGUACUUGGCAACUAGUACCAGACCUGAUAUAAUGUUUGCUGUCAAUUUUUUAAGUCAGUUCAAUAAUAAAAAUGAUGAAAGACACUGGACAGCAGGGAAAAGGGUUUUAAGAUACCUACAAGGUACUAAAGAUGUUGUUUUGAAAUAUAAAAAUAAUAAGAAACCACUUGAAGGGUUUGUUGAUGCAGAUUGGGGACAGUGUACUCAAGAUAGAAGGUCGUACACUGGGUACACAUUUAUAUUAUCAUGUGGUGCAAUAAGUGCACAAGAGUUGGCACGUAAUCCAGUACAUCAUGCGAAGACUAAACAUAUUGAUAUUCGUUUUCAUUUGAUUAGAGAGGCAGUACAAAAUAAAACAAUUGAUUUGCAUUACAAGUCAGAAGAAUUAAUGGCAGAUGUCAUGACCAAAGGGUUGACAGGACCAGCACAUUAUAAAUGUAUAGAUAAGUUUGGUCUUACCAAUGCUGGCUUGAGGGGAGGUGUUGGAACUUAA